UGCACAACCCGUAGGGCUGACAUGCAACUUCGGAGAGAAAGAGAGAGAGAGACACAUCUCCGAGUUGCUCUCUUAGAAAAUAUGCCCAUUUUCUUACGCGGUUACGGAAAGGUGGGCGUACAGGCGGACUCGAAGCUAUGAAUUAGUCUAACUGUGUACCUGGGGAGGAGCAAAUAGGCCAACGAUCAUAUAGACACACUCCGGGUCUCGGAAGUGUAACUGAUUUCAUUAUAUCUGGACUAAACAGCUAUCAGCUGUUUCAAAUAGAAAAGACUCUACUGCUUUCUGACGCCCCCUUCUCUUUCUUUCUAGUUCCAUCCAGCCUGGUUUGAACUGCGAGCUGAUACACGCGCGCUCCAUACUCCAAUCUACACCCACAGUGGAAAGUUUGACUGCGUUCGUCUCGUGGUCAAGGAGGGUCCGUUUUUGAACGAUUUAAGGAAUCCGCGAAUCGACCUUAAUGUGAUCAGUCCGCUCCUGGACAGGAACCCAAGUCCAGCGGUUUUUGGCUCUGCUCCGUGUCUCGCAUGGACGGAGGGUAUUAUCGGGGGAACUUUUGAGGAUUUUCAACUCUCGCUCCACCCAUAGAGGAUGUAAGCGUUUAUGUCCGUCGUAACGUAAACGUUGAAACCCUCUGUCUGCGUGUCAGAGUGUUAUUUUGAUAAUAGGCUAGAUGUGCGUGUCUGCACACUACUACAUGUGUGAUUUUAAAUGACGACCUGAGUGCGCGUUUCUGGGUUCGUCUGGCGCGGCUCUGGUUGUUGGAUUAUUAACAGGCGAAGAACAGUGUUGGAGAUGUUUCUCUGUUUUACCGAUUUACCGAUUUAUUUAGCCGUUAACGGCUGACCCGGACAGCUCGCAUUCCGCCUCGUGACUUCGAGAUCACUGCUCUGGAACCUGCCAUGAUUCUGCUAAACAUUCUUAGCGUGCUGUUUCUGCUGGGCUGCGUGUGUGUGGUGUGUGUGUGUGGGCAUGGAUGGAGGGAGCCCCUGGAGUGUGUUCGGGCUUUGGAGCUGUGUAACGGGGACAGCCAGUGCAGCUCCAGCUACAGGGUGAUGCGUCAGUGCCUGUCAGGCGGAGCGCGGGAUCGCCAGACCAUGUUGGCCAGCAGAGAGUGCCAGGGGGCCAUAGAGGUCCUGCAGGACUCGUCGCUCUAUGACUGCCGCUGCAAGAGAGGCAUGAAGAAGGAGCUCCAGUGUCUGCAGAACUACUGGAGCAUACACCAGGGCCUGACGGAGACCGGAGAGGACUUCUAUGAGCUGUCGCCCUAUGAGCUCCACGAGUUUUCCGAAGAGUUCAGACACGCCUCCAUCAUCUCAGACUCCUCUCUGUCCAAAGCCAGCCCCUGCACCGAGCCAGGGAAACCCUGUAACCCGUGUCUGGAUGCCGCCAAAGCCUGCAACCUCAACGAAACCUGCAAGAGACAACGCUCCAAUUACAUCGCCAUCUGCAACAAGCCGUCUCAGCCUCCGCUGGCCAACCAGGAGCCGUGCAGUCGCAAACGAUGUCACAAGGCGCUGCGUCAGUUCUUUGAACGCGUGCAGUGGGAGCUGAGCUACCCUCUGUUGUUCUGCUCGUGUCCAGACCAGGCCUGUGCUGAGAGGCGGAGACAAACCAUCGUUCCUGCGUGUUCCCAUCAGGAGAAACACAGACCUUCUUGUCUGGACCUCCGACGAACCUGCCGCUCUGAUGCGCUCUGCAGGUCAAGGCUGGCUGAUUUCCAUACAAACUGUCAGAUGACUGGUCAUUCCAUGACCAGCUGUCCCCAUGAUAACUACCAUGGCUGCCUAAUGGCCUACGUAGGUCUCAUUGGGUCUGAUGUGACUCCUAACUACAUGGACAGCAGUCCCAGUAACAGCACCAUCUCUCCCUGGUGCUCCUGUAGAGGGACAGGCAACCAGGAACAGGAGUGUGACGCAUUCCUCAGAGACUUCACACACAACACCUGUCUUAAAAAUGCCAUCCAGGCUUUUGGAUAUGGUUCAGAGGGGAGUGUACUUCCUGUUACAGAGGCUUUGAUCACACCCUUUCCACCCAUCCAGCCACCACUCAACUCUAAGCCCGCCCCCUCUCUUCAAGCCAAUGAUAUUAAGCCUCUGGACAGUGCAUGUGUCUUCUCAACCUGUGCUAACCUGAAGGAUGAAGGACAAAAGUGCAUUCCCUCCAAUGAAUUUGAGUGUGAAGAGGCGUUACUGGCCCAGGGUUCUGUAGACUCAGAGGAAGAGGAGGAUCGAGCCCCGCGUUCAGCAGCUGCCCCUGGAUCUCUGGGUUUGAAAGAGUGUGUGAGUGUUUGUGUGUCAAUGUGGGGGCUUCUGAUCCAUGCCCUGUAGCCCCCACGGACUCACACAAAAUCCUGCCUCCUGACUCCCUGACGCCACCCACAGGAUGUUCUGUGACAUCACAUCCACCACUACCAUUUCAACUACAACCAAAAUAACAUCAACAGAAGAACAGAGAAGAGCAGAGUAGAAAGGGCAGAGGUAAUGAAGGAAAGAGAGACGAGGAGAGCUAACUGAGAGAAGAGACAGUGGAUCUCAUUCCUUCACACAGAGAUGGACAAACAGAGAGAGAUAACGAUAGGACGACAGAGACGUGUGGAUUGAAUUGAGAUCAGCGGGUUUUUUGAUAGAUCCCCAGGGAGACAGGAGCCUCUACACAGGCCAUGCCCCACUGUAUUCCCCUUAACCCUGAAGACAAAGUUCUGCACUGUAACAAUGACUCUUCCUGUGUACCUGAGCGCUAAGACACUUUAACUGAGAUAGAGCUCCCACAGAGCUGAGAUAGAGCUCAGACAGAGCUGAGAUAGAGCAGAGAUUGAGCUCAGAGUGAGCUUGUAAGGUGUGCCAACAACAUACGCACUUGCAGGAUAAUCUGAUGGGACACUGCACCCCCAGAAAUUCAUGCUCAUAUGUAUUUUAAAAUAUGCAGUAAGCCUCAAGUGUGAAGAAUGGGACAGAGCAACUCGUGGACUAACCUGCCGGAGCCCCUGACUCUGAUUGGAUGGACUCUGUUUACAUUGGACAGGACUCUACUGUAAUUGGAGCAGAAAGUCUAGGAAGGCGGAACGGUUCCUCUGUCUCUCACCUCAGUAACACACCCAUCACUACAUCAUCACACACACACUCACACAUUUACCCAAACACCUCAAGGACACUUUUCCCCCUUACCCCCUUUGGUUCUCACUGCCUGGUAGACAGGGUUAGCGUGCAAAACAUACACACACCCACACGCAUGCACACAUACAUACACACACACACACACACAAAAGCCUCGUCAAGGACACCGAGGAGACUUCGUGAAGACUUCGUGCAGACUUUGGCGGACUUCAGCAGACACUAUUGUUGGUUGAAGUGAUUUUCUAUCACAGUUGUGUUGUUAAAAACUGUGAAAGGAAAAUAGACUCAAUGUAAAAAUAUUUAAAAAGUCUCAUUGCGUAACUGUAUGCGGCAGUGUGAGUGUAUAAACUUGUAUUAUAUAUUUGUGUAUGUGUGUGUAUAUGUGUGUGUGCAUCUGUUUAUGUGAGUAUGAAUGUGUGUGAGUGUGUGUGUGUGUGUGUGUGUAUACUGUAAACCGUUUGUAUAAUACUUGAGACUCUGUGGAGUAUUUUUCUAUGUUGGAAAGUGAGGUGAGUGGCGAUCCGGAACACGGACAGAGACGUGACACACACGUGUUUUAUGUAACACGUCUGUUGUUAUGGAAACUGGCGGUGCAAACACUUGUCAUGUCAGGUCGUACUGUGCUUGUCAUCUUUUAUUUUCCUGUCGUGGGAGAAAAGAGAGGAGGUGGGGGGAGAUAAGAGAGGAGGUGGGGGGAGAUUAGAGAGGAGGUGGGGGGAGAUAAGCAAUGGACAGAAAAUGAGCGGAACCUAACUGGAGGAGAAACUAGUGGAGGACCCGUAAAUGUAACCUUACUCCAAAUGAAUUCACUUUUCACUCUGUGUAUUCUGAAACAGAACCUACGGAAGAAGUCAUUUUGUUUCAGCCAACUAUUCAUUUGGAGGUGUCAACUGAGUCAACCAAGAUGCUGAUCAUGACUGAAUUCCCUAACAAUUCCAGCACCUUUUCCCAUGAAGGAACAAUGAAUAAGGGUGGCUGAACCAUAACGGCCUACUUGCAAAAUAAUUUAUAAAUUGAUAGCAGUUUACACAAAUAUUUGCAGAAUUGG